AUGAGGUCACCAAUGGCCUCUUUGGCAGCAACUUUGCUUGUCUUAACAUUCUCUCUCGGUUUUGUAUCUGAAACCACCGCAAAUUACUACUACUCUUCUCCUCCUCCACCGGUCAAACACUACACUCCUCCGGUUUACAAAUCUCCACCACCACCGGUUAACCAUUACUCCCCUCCUCCGGUUUACAAAUCUCCACCACCACCGGUUAUGCAUUACUCCCCUCCUCCGGUUUACAAAUCUCCCCCACCACCGGUUAUGCAUUACUCCCCUCCUCCGGUUUACAAAUCUCCACCACCACCGGUUAUGCACUACUCCCCUCCUCCGGUUUACAAGUCUCCCCCACCACCGGUUAAGCAUUACUCGCCUCCUCCGGUUUACAAAUCACCCCCACCACCGGUUAAGCAUUACUCACCCCCUCCAGUUUACAAGUCUCCCCCACCACCGGUUAAGCAUUACUCCCCUCCUCCGGUUUACAAAUCUCCACCACCACCGGUUAAGCAUUACUCCCCUCCUCCGGUUUACAAAUCUCCCCCACCACCGGUUAUGCACUACUCACCCCCUCCAGUUUACAAGUCUCCACCUCCACCAAAGAAGGACUACGAGUACAAAUCCCCUCCACCACCGGUUAAGCAUUACUCUCCUCCUCCGGUUUACAAGUCUCCUCCUCCACCCAAGAAACACUACGAGUACAAAUCACCUCCUCCCCCGGUUUACAAGUCUCCUCCUCCUCCAGUUUACCACUCUCCUCCACCACCUAAGAAGCACUACGAGUACAAAUCUCCCCCUCCACCGGUUUACCAGUCUCCUCCGGUUUACCAUUCUCCCCCACCACCAGUUUACAAGUCUCCCCCUCCUCCGGUUUACCAUUCUCCCCCACCACCAGUUUACAAGUCUCCCCCUCCUCCGGUCUACCACUCUCCUCCACCACCUAAGAAGCAUUACGAGUACAAAUCUCCUCCACCACCGGUUUACCAGUCUCCCCCUCCUCCAGUUUACCACUCUCCUCCCCCUCCGGUUUACCACUCUCCCCCACCACCAAAGAAGCACUACGAAUACAAAUCUCCUCCUCCUCCCGUCCAUUCUCCUCCUCCACACUACAUGUACACAUCUCCACCUCCUCCAUACCACUACUAG